AUGACGUCCACAAAGACUGGGCCAGCACCUAAGCCUCUAGUCAUUCCUAGGCCUCAAGGUGGUAGUGCUCCACGACCUGAAGCCCGAUCAGCAGGCACGGCUGAAAGAGCCGGUAGAAAUGAAAGCCUAGUGGACAUGGUUCGAUUCUUCCAGGCUCAAAAUAUACCCUCCCAGCCCCCGGCUCCAUCCCAACCUCAACCCCGCUCUCGCGCUCCUUCUGAACCUCAACCCUCCAGUCCUUCCGAUACAACCACUGCACUCCCGGUUCCUGUUUCGCCUAAAGAAUCAAAGCCAGAGUCAAAGCUAGAUCCAAAGCAGGACCUGAAACCAUUUCAUCGUCGCCUUUUGCAGUUUGCCCAGCGCCAAAAGAAGGAAUCAUCACCCAGGUCAAAGCAAGAAGAACAAGAGCGUCAAAUCGAAGCACUGAGAAGGGAAGGAUAUCUUAUGCCAGCGGCUUUACCAAAGGAGUCAAAGGGACAAAAGGAAGCAAAGCGAUCAAAAGAAAGCCUGUCGCUAUCUAUCUCUCGAUCUCUUUCCAAAUCAAAGAAGGACGUGGAGAACAUUGGACAGCCAUGGCUGCAAGCCAAAGUCGAUGGCAACAGGCGCCCUACUGAAACCAGACGUAGCUUGGGCUCUCUGGAUCUUGAUGAUUUCGGCUCAAUGGUCGAUGUCGCAGUCUCACUCGCUUCCGAUUUCGACGAUUCCAUGCCGCCGCCAUAUCAGCCCACCGAUCACCCUUCCUCCCAAUCCUCAUCGGCUACUCCAAUGUCAAGUUCUACAGCAGACCCUGGUCCUCACAAUAUCAUCCGGCCAGCUUCUUCGUUAGCCUCUACCAGUCAUUCCAAUAGGAACGCGUCAAUUGAUGAGCAAAUCCAACGGUCAUCUAGCUCUGCAGAGUUGAGUAUCCGUGCCGACCCUGUCUCACGAGGCACGAUCAAUACAUCCGUGGGUGUGAAUGUGACCGAGCCACAGCCUAAACCGUCCAUUGAUAGCCAAAAGCGAACUCAAUCAGAACAAUCUUCUGUUCGAAAUGUAACACCCCUGUCGCCUACCCUGAAGCUUUUUCCCGAUAUUGCACCUCGCAAGUCUAGCAGGGGCGCAUGGAGAAAUUCAUCAAUUCCUCGGUACCAAACGAUCGAAAAUACCACAGCAUCCAGCUCACGAACUCCAUCUUCUGACAGCGCCCCCGAUGUUCCAGACGAGCGAAAAAAGUCUUCAGAUGGUUUUAUAGAUGCUCCAGUCAGCGAGGCAGAACUAAAGUGCUCUGGUGCCCUUGUACCUUAUGCGACCUCUUCUGCAGCGGCACUAUCUAUAGAAAAAGCCCCAAAGGAUUCUGCCUCCCAAGAUGAGACUAAAACUCGGCCACUCUCGUUGUCUCUGGGCACACUGAAGGCAUUUCCUCUCCCGGCACCUACAAAGCCCCUGCCAUUACUGCCCAAAACCAAAUGCUCUCCAAGCACUCCGGACUCCAACACUCGCUCGAAAGCUUCAAAUAUUCGAGCGAUUGAGUCGCAGCCACUGUCUACCAAUUUGUAUUCUCCUUCGGCAACACUAAUCGAAGACCAGGAGCUCAAAUCCGCUAUUGAUAGUCCAUGUGCCCUUGACUCGGACCCUACAAACUCUCUUGGCAGCGUCGAUGCCGGGGAGUCAAUGGCCGAUGAUGAGGACAGCUUGUUUACCACUUCGCUUUCGGAACACUACCAGCCAACCCCGGAACAUUGCAUUCCGAGAGGACGUGUUUCAAGUGUGCGCAUCCCUAGGAUGCAAGAACUUCCCGAAAGUCCCUCGAGUGAAUGUGGUGCAAAGGUCUCAGAAGGACAGCCUCUGGCCGACUCUCCUGUCCUAGGACACCCAACCCCUACAAAAUCUAAUGGCAAACGUGCUGUUUUGAAGGGGCUUCAUGUCAAUUCCCAAGCCAGUCGAAAAAAUCUUCCAUUCGGUCUACCAUCACCGCCACCCACUUCAUCACUCCCAUCAGCUCCACCUACUCAGCACCCACCUCCUCCGCCUUCUGAGCAAAAGGUUGACCAACGCAACUACACUGCGCCUAAUGUGGCUGUUCUGCCGUCAAUGAGGAAGAUGGAGGUGCAUCCUUCAUCGGGGCCCUACCGAGGCUCGACCUUAUCCCGGAGCGACAGCUCAGGGAGUAGCCUUCGACAUGAGAGGUUCCCCGAAACAUAUCAACAAAGUCGCCCCGAAUCUCGCACCGAAUCCCCGCUUCCAUCAUCAGACGAUGAGGUUUUUGGUCCAGGGAUAGACGGCAAAUGCUCGCGCCGGAAAGCCGACAAAUACCAACGCAUCCAACCAACACGCCGAGGAUAUGAGACAAUGGAUCCACGACAGAUGUCCUCACGCAGUCGCCUUCGUGACUCCAAUCCUGCGCGCCCUAUGACACCCCAAAGCCGCAGCACCCAUGGUCUUGGGAAGACUUCGUCUCCUCAGUCACAAUAUUCGCAAUCAACCCACAGAUCGAGGGAGUCUCAAAGCAGUCACCACACCCGCGCUGCUCCUCAAGUGGAUCACUACCUCGAGGACCGGGUUGCGAAUCUGGAACGCCAGAACCAUAUUUUACAGGCCGCUCUUAUGGCGGCGCUCAACGCUGGAGUCAAGAACCCUCUCGAGGGUCUCAAUCUAGACGCGCACAUGUCAUCAGGCUCCGCACACGCACACCAAUAUCCCGGCCGCCAUACAUCACGGCCUGACAGCUGGGUCAGUUCUUCCCGCAGCAGUGAGUACAGCGGGUUUGAGACUUCUAGCUCCUACCGAGAUGGCCGGCCAAACGUCAAACAGCUGGACAACAUGAUCGAAGACAUCGAGUCUGGCUGGCUGUCGGACAAGUCUAGUCUCAGUGGAGCUCGAAUUGCCCGCAAACGAUAG